AUGGAAUUGGGGCGUGAGGACGAGCCCGCGGGUGGCUUCCUUGUCUGUUCUGCCCUCCCCAGGCAGACGGGCUGCUGCGCCCGUUCAUUAGGGUGCUUCGCCCUGUCCUUGUGCACAGGUCAGGUGGACGCCCAGCUGAGGAACUUCCUGCCCUGCUACCGCGGGCAGCUGGCAGCCUCCGUCCUGCGGCAGGUCUCCCAGGAGCUGGGUCCCCAGGAGCCCGCCGGAUGCCAGCUGCUGCGCAGCAAGAAGCUGCCCCGAGUCCGCGAGCACCGAGGACCCCUGACCCAGCUGCGGGGCCACCCACCCCGGUGGCAGCCGGUCUUCUGCGUUCUGCGCGGGGAUGGGCGCCUGGAGUGGUUCAGCCACGAGGAGGAAUAUGAGAGUGGGGCUCGUCCUCUGGGCUCCACCGUCCUGACUGGGUACGCGCUGCUGACUUCCCAGCGAGAGUAUCUCCGCCUUCUGCACGCCCUCUGCCCGGGCUCCUCUGAGGACCAUGCACAGGAAGAUCCCGACUCCCUCUUGGAAGUGCCCGUGAGCUCCCCGCUGUUCCUGCAGCACCCGUUUCGUCAGCACCUCUGCUUCUCUGCCACCACCAGGGAGGCACAGCGUGCCUGGAGGCUGGCCCUGCAGGGCGGCAUCCGGCUUCGGGGCACAGUCCUGCAGCGAAGCCAGGCCCCCGCCGCCCGGGCCUUCCUGGACGCAGUCCGACUCUACCGGCAGCAUCGAGGCCACUUUGGCGACGACGACGUGACCCUGGGCUCGGACGCUGAGGUGCUGGCCGCGGUGCUGAUGCGGGAGCUGCUGCCUGCGCUGCGGGCCCAGACCCCGCCGAGCCUGCGGGGAGCCGGCCGCGCGCGCGCCUGGGCCUGGACCGAGCUCCUGGACGCCGUCCACACAGUCGUCUUGGCCAGGGUUUCCGCGGGGCUCCGCGCCUUCCAGCCCGAAAAGGACGAGCUGCUCGCGUCCCUGGAGAGGACGAUCCGCCCGGACGUGGACCACACGCUGCAGCUGAGAGCUGGGCUGGCUGGGCGGCUGCGCACGGAUGUUCAGGGCCUGCUCGAGUCGUGCCUGCGCCAGGAGGUGGACGCGCAGCUGCCCCGAGUCACGCGGACGCUGCUGAGCACUGUGGAGGCCGCGAUCGAAGCGUUGCGGACCCUCUUAGCCCAGGGCAUGGACCGCCUGUGUCGCCACCUGCGCCAGAACCCCUCGGGCGCGCGGCUGCGAAGGGAGGUUUACUCAUUUGCGGAGAUGCCGUGGGACCCGGAGCGGAUGCACACAUGCUACCGAGAGGCCGAACGGGCCAGGGGGCGACUGGGGCAGCUGGUGGCACCAUUUGGCUUCCUGGGGAUGCAGGGCCUGGUGUUCGGGGCCCAGGAUCUCGCACAGCAGCUCAUGGCGGAUGCCGUGGCCACUUUCCUGCAGCUGGCCGACCAAUGUCUGACCACAGCCCUGGACUGUGACCAGGCUGCCCAGCAGCUAGAGAAAGUCAGGGGCCGCGUGCUGAAGAAGUUCAAGUCGGACAGCAGCUCGGGGCAGAGGAAGUUCAUCCAGGGCUGGGUGUCGUGCAUUUUCUUGCCCUUUGUGCUGAGUCAGCUUGAGCAGAGCUGCAAAAAGGAGCUUCCUGAGUUCGAGGGGGACGUUCUCGCUGUGGGCAGCCAGGCCCUGACCAUCGAGGGCAUCUAUGAGGACGUCAUCCGGGGGGUCUUGCUGCAGAGAAUCAACCGAGAAUUGAGAAAGGCCCUUGGUGCCAGUGACACAUCCUGUACUCUGGCUGGCUGCUCAGAGGCCCCAUGGGAAGAGGAGGAAGAGGAAACUGACCCUCAGAGAGAGAGAGGGGCUUGCCCCACGCAGCCAGGCUCUGGUGCCGAGGUCCAACCACUCUGCCCACUGCUUCCUUCAGGAACAUUCCGGAGCUGA